AUGUCAUCGCUAAAUUGUGCAUGCAGUCAAGCCGCUUAUGCUUCAUGUGCUCCAGAUUAUUGCUGGAACAGGUUGAGGACUGUAAUUCUAGCGAUACAUUGGACGCGAGAGGUCUUAGGCCCGUAUGCACAGGAUUACAAGCGGCAGCUACAAGAUGGUGGCCGCCUUCACCAUCUUGCUAAAGCGUAUGAAAUUGAUCAUGAAAUCCAAGAUCUUCGCAUUGCAAUCAAUCGACGAUACGAGGCAACGGAGCAGCUGAAGAGAUUAUGUACAAAGAAGCGCCUGAGCCUAUUAGAAGCAGAGGAGGACGUUAGAAAGAAGGAAGCUCAGGUGGAUUUCAAUAAGGGGUUAUUGACUUUGCAUAUCUACUGCGAUAAGGGAGCAUCUGUCUUGAACGCUAGAAGGAAAGUGCUAAACGCGUUUGCACAUGGGGUUGAGAUGAGAAGACGAGUUCUUCUUAUGGAUAUUUCGAAAAUCUUACAUAUGGUCGUGCCAUCAACAAAUACUAUGACCGCAUUCUUUCCUGAAUGGCAUGUUUGUGACAAAGAAUUACAAAGGCUCUUUCUGGAAGAAGUGUGUGCUUCUGACUGCCAUCCAUGCGAAUAA